AUGGAUUCACCAGCCGAAACUUCGUCAAUUUCAGGCGAGACUUUCUCAAUGACUGAUUCUCCAGCAGCAGAGUCGCCACCUCCCGAAUCACAUCCUCCGCCUAGCUUACGGUCCCAAAGAAAUGAUAAUGAAGAACAAGAGACCAGACUAUGUGCUGCCAAGGCUCUACACCAGAAUUCUGUUUUGACUAUGCAUGUUAUUGCGAGUGGAGAGUCGCCUGCUCGGACACGAUUGAAGAUGUUGAGGUACUUGACGAGUUUGCCUCAACCAUCGAAUGAAGGAGUGACAUCAAAUUCGGGAUCGUCUACCCAGAAGCGUAAAGAAAGUUCGUGGAUCCAACCGGCUACAAUGUUCUCCCUCUUCACACACAAGGCCGGCCGCCGUUGUAUUGAAAUCAACACUAAAAAGAACAACAGCGGCAACGACGAUACUGAAGAAAACUUGCCAAAUAGUAUUUAUUAA